AUGCCGCUCAGACGGAGGCCGGGUCGGUUCAUAGAGGCAACGGAGCCGCGCAACACACCCACUGCAAGGCAUCAAGGGAUCGCCUCUGCACCGCAGCCGACGGAGCAAGGAGAAGCAUGGCGUCCUGGAGAUGGAGGAGGUCAGCAGAUGCAAAUCGAUCCUCAAGGUGGACGGCAGGGCGAGGCAUCACGAACGUCGGACACCCGACCCGCAUGGCACUCUGCAGGCAAACCAGCCCGACAGCUGCGGAGUAGUUCAAAUGGAGGCGACCCCGGGGACGAGGAGAGCUUGAGGUAUCUCAUUGAAUUCCUUCGGAGAACACCACCACCAGGGAAUCACAUGUCUAUACCCGACGACGCCGCAUCCAUCGAGGGCAGCAGAUGGAGGAGAGCACUCAAUCCCUUUCGUCGAAAGAGUCGCAGGCGCCCCGGUCCCAUUACCAUCCAGCUACCAGAUUCGGCUGUUGCUUCUACCACCUCGGGAGGCUACCGGCAUAUUGCAAUUUCUAUUCCCGUGGAGCAUAGCUACGCCUCUCACGGCAGGCGACAGUCGAGACGUCGUUCCACCGUAGUGGAGCCGUUAGAGCAGGAGUCAACGCAUGAUAUCGAGGAGAGACUGGGUGUCGUCGAAACGAGGCUGGCAUCACUCCGUCCGUACAGCUCUGACCAAGGGGCGGGCACUGUAUUGCAACCCGUUGCAGAAGCCCGAGAACCAAAACCUAUAAGCGCUCGCGAGGCCCCCCCAAGGCCUCCUCGAACGAGCUCCAUGAAGCGCCCAUCAUCAAGUCGGGUACAUCGCCCGGCUAGAGACUCGGGUAACGCUUUGCCAUUAGAUGCGACCCCUCCGCCUAAACAGACGCGACCGCAUGCGACUGGCUUGGGCCCGGCAGCGCGACGGCCGUCGGAGGCAAGAUCGACAGCGGAGGAAUCUGGGGCAAGGCGAAGACCGCAGCCCAUAGUGAUUGUACCAGAUGUUACACCUACACUAGCUCGGCAAACAGGAAGGAUUGCAUCGUCACCGCGACCGAAAUCCAAUGUCGAGUUGGUGAACCAACCACAGGCUGACGAUGGCAAAGAUCUCAGUAGCCAAGGCAGCAGCUCACAGGCUGGCACACCCAUAACGCCUGCAGCCACGAGCGACAUUGGCUUGAAGUUGCCACCAAGAAAAACGAGCAAGAGAUCGACGUUUGGAGGGCAAAGAUCGAUACCUGGCUUGCUGAGUCCAUCAUUUUCACAAAAGUCCUCGCCAGGUGCUCAGAGCAGUAGUGCAUAUGGCAACAACCCUCCUUCUCCUGAGGCCAAUAUUCUGCGCCCACGUAUUGGUAGUGUUGUCACUAUUGACUCUGAACCACGGGUCAUGGAUGCCCAGGCUGCAACAGCGCAUAGGGCCGAGGCCGUUCCUCUCGUGCUGGGUGAUUCGGCAGAAGCGAGUGCUGAACCGUCCUCAAGUACAGACGGGGCCACCAGCUCCCCACUGCACUCGGCCGCAGCUGUCAGCCGCUCUGCCCAGACAGAUAUCACCACCAUGCACCACCUUCACAAGGCCCUCAGUCGAAAAGAGAAGGUUCGUCAGCGAAAACAUAUGGACCUCCAUAGCAACAGGAAGGGCAAGACGAGUCAGGAUGUAUUCUUUUCUGAUGCACCGCCUUCCUCGACAGCCUCUCACCACCUGAGGCGUGUGUCUUCUGUCUCUGACCAGACCGACACCAGACCCAUACCAAUUCGCUCGAGAAUCCCGCACACCGCAAAGGCGGACCAAUCAAGACCAUCGACAGCAAUUCCUCGGAUUCCUUCAGCAGGCCAGUCUGAAGCUCCCACAAAUUCCCCGGUCAGUAUCCUCAAACCCAGCCGGCAGGCGUCAAUGGGCUCAUUCAGGAGUAGCACGACGACGUCCUCCUCAAGCUCUUUCGUACACUCCUUCGACCGGCUGUCGAGCCUGCGCCAGAUACAGAGACGGAUCGAGCGUGAUGUACGCACAACUCGCGAGGCUCUAGACGGUGCCGGAGCUAGAGCAGAGGCGACAAGCGCACCACUGAACCCAGAACAGCUCCAGCGCCGACAUGAAUACUUACGGGAGCGACGGCUGCGCGACGUUGAGAGACGGAUCCGUCGCAUCGAACGCAAUGGCGACCUCUGGCUUCGGUCACUGCCCGGACUGUUGGAGACCUUGGGGAAAAUGGAGGAGCACUGGAGGCACGCAUCGCAACAGCAGCAGCAACCGCAGCCGUUGUCUCGACCUGUCAAUGAGCCCCCGAGUCCCGCCACAACACGAACACGAGCAACCUCGCAUCUUACCAGUGCUGGGACCUCGGAUUACAGCCCGGAAUCACUCGAGCCGCUGAUCAGUUCACUCCAGGAAGUGGCUAAGUUGAUACCAGUUAGCCCACGGCCGCGACAGCCAUUAGCAGAGCCGACAACACAGAGACAAAGAGCUGAGGAUAGCUUUGGAGCGGAGCCGGCUAUACCGGAGCGGGCGCCCGAGCGUAUCCAAAAGGGACAAGAGGCAACCCGAUUAGAGGCAGAGGAAAGGGCCCGGAAUUCAGGUUCGCAGACGGAUUCCAACGACAGAGGCGCGGAAGCCGGUAUUGUGUCUCCUGCAGCAGGACAAAUGGAACACCAAGAGCAAGAGCGCCGAGCCGCCACAUCCCCAGUCUAUCAUCUGGCACCAGAAACCCCCGAGACCGCCCCGGAGGAGGCGAAGACGUUUAGUUUAUGGUGGUAA